UAGGCAUUUUGUAACACAUCAAAGCCUAUAGUUAACUUUUCGGCUUUGAUAAAAUUUGUAAAAGUAAAAGUAUUUUUAACGGCGAAACCAUAGCCAGGAUGUCUUUGGGUCGAGCUUUCGGUGGUUUAAUCCUUUCGGGUGUUCCCCAGACUAGGAGCUUACAUCAAAGGAGGACUCGGCGACCAAUUCCAGUGGUUCCAGACUUAAGGUCUAAUGCCCCAGCACAGUCUUCCAAGCCUCCUCGUAUUCUGGUCAAGAGCUUCAUUGCCCUCCACCAUCUCGAUUCGGAAAUCAUUCAGGAUGCUCCUCGUGAUCUCAGAGACUUUUUUAUGUCGAAUUCGAAAAAUGUGAAGAGAUGAUGCAAAAUCAUGAGCCAACGUCUUAAAUUAAAUGGAAAACACAUUUGGAAUCUUCAUCCUUUAAAAAGUUAAAAAAAGUUUAAUAAGUCUUGUAACUAAUUGAAAGUCGACAAAUACUUGACGCUUAAUAAUCAUUAGCAAAUUUUUAAGCUCAAUGUAAACGAAUAAAUAUAAGUUUGACAAUUAAACUAAA